AUGGAUACCUCGUAUGUUCUCGAGGAUUGGCGAAGACUAUUUUCAUCCAAGAACUCGCGAGUGGAAUUACUUCGUCAAGCUCUACAGCACGUACCUCCAAGUUCUUCGUCAUUUUCUGAAAUUCAACGCCAUUAUCAAUAUUAUGUGGACAACAUCCAAGAAGGAGCAAAUAAUUUUGCUGAAGAAGUGCUGGAAAAUGGUAAGGAUGAAGGUGGUGGGACGCCUGAGUGGAGAAGCACUUUCGAUGUGAACUUGAUAACUGGUCGGAUUAAAGAGGAACCCUUGCUAGACUACGGAUCCCCUCUGGCCGGCAUUCGCAACAUUACCAGCUCUUCAGCUCAGCGGCUUAGCGAUGUCAUCAACAAAGUAUUCAAGAAAGCAUCGGAUUUGGAAAUGGUAGUGAGAGCACCUGUUCGAGGUGGCAAUUUGCUAAAUCGCAGAGCUCAAUUCGCCAAAAUCUCGCGUGAGCCCAUCGUGAAAGAAAAUACUAGCCUCCUCAGUGUGAACGCUCUUCCACCCCCCAAAGGCUUCACAUGUAUAGCCACAUCGAACCUGUUUGCUGCUCUACAGAUCACUGAGCCAAGCAUUGAUAUUUCUAUGAUUGUAACGGUAAGCAACUUUAGCGGAAGAACAUACAUCGGUAGACCGGUGAAGCAUGUCAUUGAUCCAUCACCAAAUUGUGGGAAUUUCAAAGAAUGCAGACCAACUUUCAUCAGCGCAAGACAGCAACUUUUAGUAAAUACCCAGGUGCAACAAUCCGGACAACCAGGUUCCGCGGUGUCAAGACCGGAACUCAAAAAGACAUUGGGCAGUCGUUGUUCCCGCACAGCAUUUGUGCCACCAUUUGCAAGAUCAAACGAAGCGCAACAAUCGGCGGCACCAGACUCUGGUUUCAACCGUCAGGACACCUUGGCUCCGCGACCGACAACGACCCCUGAGAAUGGAGAUAGUGCUCUCGUGGAUGAGCGCCUUAAGCAGUUUGACCAGAAGAUCAUUGAUCUCAUCAUGAGCGAGAUUAUGGAUUCCAAAACGAGAAUCACGUGGGAAGACAUAGCCGGAUUACACAGCGUAAAAUCGACAUUGAAGGAAGUCGUUAUCUUCCCUAUGCUUCGUCCAGAUAUCUUCACCGGUCUCCGGGGUCCACCGAGAGGCCUACUGCUCUUUGGUCCGCCGGGAACAGGCAAAACUCUGAUCGGAGAUUUAUUGAAACUCAGGCAUUUAAUUUUAAAGGUCGGCGAUGGGGAGAAAAUGGUUCGAGCACUUUUUACGGUUGCUCGCAUUCAUCAGCCAUCGGUCAUCUUUAUCGACGAGAUCGACUCGCUCCUUUCGCAACGUAGCGAAACGGAACACGAGUCAAGCCGACGCAUAAAGACCGAGUUUUUGAUUCAGCUGGACGGUGUAGCCACUGGAUCCGAGGACCGGCUCCUUCUCAUCGGUGCAACCAACCGACCUCAAGAGCUGGACGAAGCAGCAAGAAGGCGUUUCGUCAAACGACUUUACAUUCCCCUCCCGUGCCAGGAGGCUAGGAGGGAGAUCGUGGAUCGACUCAUCCAACAACAAAAAAAUAACCUGACGCUGGACGACCUCGACACAAUUGCCGUGAAAUCCGAAGGUUUUUCUGGCGCGGACGUCGCUAAUCUUUGUCGGGAGGCCGCUAUGGGUCCUAUCCGGGGAUUGCCACUAGAGGUCAUUCAAUCGAUCUCCUGCCAAGACGUCCCGCCGGUUCAAAUGAGCGAUUUCCUGAUGGCUUUUAAACACGUGAAGGCGAGCGUCUCUCCAAGCGAUCUACAACACUACCUAUCGUGGAACCAACAGUACGGCAGUUUCCAGGUGUGA